AUGGGGAAGAAGCUGGUCACCUGUUGGAGAAAUUAAUUUCAUAUCCAUUUAAUCCAUCCAGUCCAUAUAUAAUCCCCAGUGAUAAUUAUUGUUAAAUGAUUACAGAAAUAUGGUAGGCUACACCACGGUGUUCUUUGUUUUCCUGCCCACUAGAAACUUCCUCACUGCAAUAAUGAAUACCAGUGUCCAGAGCUUGAAGAACAGGUUAUUACGUAACACAGUUACAUUUUCAGCCCGUUUCAGUGGCACAGAAAUGGGUUUCGGUGGCAUAUAAAUGAAUUUGCUGGUGGCAUAUGAAUUUGCUGUGAUUUUGAGUGGCGGAGAAGAACGUAACGCUUCAGUCCAUGGGAGGAAUACUUUGCCAUGACCCUAACCAACCCUGAGACUGAGACCUGCAAUAUGCACUGCUACGGGUACUUGGUCAACUUUCUCUGCUGUGGGUUGAUGCUGGCGGGACUGUGGCACUUGGUCAACCACAGAACUUACCAGAGUGCGUAUGGGCGCCACAUGGGACACCCUCCUUGUGCCAGGACAGUACCGGCCAGAGUAUCCUGGUUCGUCCAGGAGAUGCCCGCUCUCCUGGUUCCUCUACUGUUGUUGCUCACAACGCACAAACCCUCCAGCAUGGGGAAGUACCUGCUGCUCGGCACCUGGUGCCUUCACUACUUUCAAAGGACAUUUGUUUACUCCCUGCUGACCCGAGGGCAGCCUGUCCCGGUGGAUGUGAUGAUGACAGCAGGUCUUGUCUGCUCUGUUGUCGGCUUCCUGCAGGGACACUACCUGCUGCACUGUGCCCAGUUUGAUGAUGGGUGGUCAGCCGACUACCGCUUUAAAACUGGUUUAGUGUUGUUUUACAUCGGAUUGGCAAUCAAUGUACACAGCGACUAUAUUCUACGCAACCUCAGAAAACCAGGAGAGGUCAUUUACAAGAUCCCUAAAGGAGGUAUGUUUGAAUACGUGUCUGCUGCCAACUACUUAGGAGAGAUUAUGGAGUGGUUUGGGUACAGCAUAGCCACCUGGUCCUUUCCGGGAUUCUCCUUUGCCAUAUUUAGCUUGUGUUUCAUUGGAACAAGAGCGUAUUACCAUCACAGGUACUACCUUGAGAAAUUCAAAGACUAUCCCAAAUUACGAAAGGCGUUGAUUCCAUUCAUCUUUUGAGAAAGGAGGCCUGGCCCUUCUCUUAUAAAGGCAGACAAUGAAUAGGAACCUUCUGGGACUCAGCAGCAGCAAAAGACAAGCACGGGAUUUUUGGCACUUUUGACAUUCCUUUGGUAUUUUUUAAUCUGAACCUGCACUCCCUUUAAAGCAUGAGAAUAAUUUCAUCUUAUUCUUUUACUUGUAUCACUGAUUUACUCUAGCCUUGUCUUGCUAUAAACGACUGUACUGUCAUUCUGUGUAUGUUCAUAGCUGUCAGGUAUUGAAUUAUCACACCGGUCAGCAUGAUUAUUGUGGUAACACUUUUGUAUAUAGAAUAACAUGAAUGCAUUCAUUUUUCAUCAUAAAUAUUAAAGCUUUAUAAAUUUGC